CAAUCCACAAUCCACAAUCCACAAUCCACAGUCCACAGCUUCUUGCAUUCAUUCUAUUCCAUUCUCCGUCCCUUGCACCAGCGACCACCACCACCCAUGUAAAUGUAAUUUUACAUUUCAUGAGACAAACAAAUUCCCCACCACCAGCCCACUCUCAGGGACUCUCUCCAAGAGCAAACACAACCUCCACUCGUCGUCCUUAAUGGCGACUGGUUGGGUCAAAUCUCUACAAUGCAAAUCAAGAGCUUUCGAAGAUGUCUACCACCCAAACCCUAAACAACACCACAACCACUUCCUUCCGAGUUCAAGUUGCAGAAAAGGCGUCCAAAGCCUCAAGGACGUCGUUGAAACCACCAAGAGAAAGCCCAGAAAAACAAACUCACCAUCGCCCGCGCCACCCAAUUCGAAACAAACAAGACCCACGAAAACUGACAGCGAUUUGUGCCCCACGAAUCGAGUUCGACGCUCUACCUCAGCCCGGCUCGCACGAACGCCGGACCCUUUCUUUCCAACCCUGACGGAGCUGACCGAGGAACACCCAUCUCGCAAUGUUGUAGAGAUAAUCUUCCACACUAGCUGGUCACCCAAGGCAUUCUCUGGCCGAAUCGAGAUGAUCUUCAAGGUUCAGAAUCUGCCCAAGACUGUUUCGAGGUUUGAAGAGUACAGAGAGAUUGUGAAGGCUCGUGCUAGAUCCGGUAGUCUGAGCAGCAACAACGGUGGCAAUAGAAUCGAGGAUGACGCGCGAUGCAUCGCGGAUGGUAACGAAAUGAUGAGAUUUCACUGCUUAGGCCCUACUUCCGGAGGACUCUAUGACGCCACUGGGAUGUGCCUCUUCUCCGGGAAAGAAGCGGCAAUUUGCACGUUUUCCGGCAGCGGCGGGGCCCACGAGAGCGCCGGUGGAGGGAAGGGCAGAAGAGCCAUGUUGGUAUGCCGAGUCAUUGCGGGAAGAGUAUGUAAGCGACUUGGACUCGAAUCGUUUUUGGAUGGUCGAAUCGGGUUUGACUCGGUUAGUGGGGAAAGUGGUGAGCUGCUUGUAUUUGAUUCGAGGGCAGUAUUGCCUUGUUUUCUCAUCAUAUAUAAACUAUAACGAAGUAACCAAGAUCAAAGAAAUAAAUGUUCCUGCAUUUAUCAAUUCUUUUUUUUCUUCCUUUGUUUUUCUUGAAUUGUAAGAAAAAUUUUGAGUUGAUAAAUGCUUCCACAUUUGUUACUCUGUUUUUCUUUUUCAACUCUCUCUCUCUCUAUCUAUCCUGCAUCUUGGUUUUUUACCCCUUCUGGGCUUUCAAGAAGCUGAGUAAGGGUUGUAGUUAUAAAGUGUGAAGCAUGAACAAGUCUACUCCAUGUAUGCUCUGGUUAUGGCUGUAUCUCUAAUUCUGUUUCUCUGAAGUCAAUAUAUUU